UUUUCAUAAUAAUUGCCAAAAAACAAGCGCCACACACACAGAGACAGAGGUGGUCCACUCAAAUGUCCCGUGUCUUUUACGUUCACUCAUCACGGCGGUGACUCGAGUUUUGCCGGACAAAAGAAGAGUCAUAGAGACGGCGAACACGGAGGAAGACUAAGACUGUAUCAUGAGGAAUCCUGUUCUUCCGGUCUCCGAUCCUCCUCUCGCCGGAGAGAAUGACACCGACGAUCGCCUUUUCAAAGGAUCCGCCAUGACCAAACGUGGCGCCUACGCUGCUCUCUCUUACAUGUCCUGCGCAGUGAUGCUUGUGCUGUUCAAUAAAGCAGCUCUCUCUUCCUAUGACUUCCCCUGUGUUAACAUUAUCACACUCUUUCAGAUGGUGUCCUCUACCUUGUUUCUAUAUACCUUGAGGCGCAAGAAGAUUAUCUCUUUCACAGCGGGUGAUUCUGAUAAUAAUGUCUCAGCUUUUGUGCCGUUGAAGACAUUGUUUCACACCCUUCCUCUCUCAGUUGCCUAUCUUCUCUACAUGCUAGUCACUAUGGCGUCUGUGAGAGGGGUUAAUGUCCCCAUGUACACCACGCUUAGGCGUACUACGGUGGCUUUUACUAUGGUGAUUGAGUACAUGCUCACUGGUCAGAGAUAUACCCGGUCUAUCAUUGGAAGUGUUGGCGUUAUCUUGUUUGGCGCAUUUUUUGCUGGAGCUAGGGACUUGUCAUUUGACUUUUAUGGAUAUGGUGUCGUUUUCUUAGCCAACAUAACAACAGCAGUUUAUCUAGCAACCAUCUCCCGGACUGGGAAAUCAAGUGGCUUGAAUAGCUUUGGCCUUAUGUGGUGCAAUGGAAUUAUAUGCGGGCCAAUAUUGAUGAUAUGGACAUAUGUUUGCGGUGACUUGGAGAGGACUAUUAACUUUCCUCACCUCUUUUCUCCCGGUUUCAUGGUUGUGUUACUCUCUUCGUGUGUGUUGGCUUUCUUCUUAAACUACUGUAUUUUUCUUAACACCACUCUCAACUCGGCUGUCACGCAGACAAUUUGUGGCAAUAUGAAGGACGUAUUCACGGUUGGACUAGGCUGGAUGUUCUUUGGUGGACUCCCAUUCGACUUGAUGAAUGUGAUUGGACAGCUUUUUGGUUUCUUCGGGUCCGGUUUAUAUGCAUACUAUAAGAUCAUUGGGAGGUAAACAAAGAAGAGCCAUUCACAAACAGGAGUGGCCCCUAGUGAUGAUCCUUAAUGCGACGCCUCAUUUUUGUUCACUUUUCUUGUUUUCUUGGUUCACUUUUCACGUUGAUAAUAGUUUAAUGAUAUGAGAAAUAUUGUUUUUAGUUCUAAACAAACUGUAAACAAGCAGAAGAAUUAGGCAAAGCAAAAUACUACUACUUUUGGCAAUA